AUAUAAUAACCUGAUGUUGUUGCUAAUUUUUUACGGUUUAUCCUUAGCUAAGGGAUUGUCUCCUUUAGUGUGUGGAGAUGUUACAGAGGAAAAGGAUUGUUUAGAUAUCAUAAAUGGAAUGUAUUCUUAUGCUAACAUUUAGUUAUCUAUGCAAAUGGACAACGAAUGGAUGUGUUAAUAUGAAAUGUGAAUUGGCAAAACCUCCUUGUGAUUCGUUGAUUUAUGAAAAUAAGGCUUGUUCAACAAGUGGGACAAAUUGUGUUUCAGUUUCAGAAUGCUCAGAGAUAGACAACUAAAACUCAUGUGGAGCAGUUAAAGCAGGUGGAAGGGAUUGCAUUUGGGAUACUUUGUGUAGAAUGAAAUAAUGCUCAGAUUAUGAUCAAGCAAAUUGCAAAGUAUCUAACGAAGAAAAUUGUGUCUUCAAAGAUGGAACAUGUCAAAAGUUAGUAUCGUGCACUGAUAUCGUUACUAAGGAUUUAUGUUAGACUAUUGAUUUGGCUGAUUAAUGUGCAUGGAUAAAUGAUAAAUGUGACAUUUUUGAUUGCAAAAAAUUUACUAAUUCGGAAGAAUGCUUUUCAGCUGUCUCAAAGACUGACUCUUGUUUUAAUGGAGCAGUUGAUAAUACUGUUAACUGUAUGAGUUGUUUCUCUUUGUAAAGCCAAUGCGAUUGUCAACAAUACGGUCUUUAUGGUUGUAAAUGGGACACCUAAACCGGAGGAUGUAUUCGUUAAAAGUAAUUAAAAAAUGAAAAAUAGAUGCGAAGACUUUGAGGAUACAAUCACUUGCCAAUAGGCUUUUGAUGGUUUAACUUGCGUAUGGUAUAAGCCAAUGGAUUAAUGUAAAUCAAUAACGAAUGCAAAUGAAUUAGAUAGACAAUGCGAUCUUUAUGUCUUCAGUCAGACUUUGACAUUUGGAUUGCUUGUUUCGUUGAUAAUCUAUAUAUGA